UCGCCUCGCCUCGCCUCGCCUCCGGGGUGGUGGCGGCGGGGACGAUGGCCGGCGGCGAGGUGACGUUCAGCCUGGCCUACGUGGUGCUGUCCGUCUGCUUCGUCUUCCCGCCCAGCGAGGUCCAGGGCGCCGGCCUCACCGUGCAGAACCUGCUCUCCGCCUGGCUCGGCAGCCAGGACCGAGACUUCGUCCGCUACCACAUUCGCAGGACCACCGCCACCCUCCUCCUCCACGCGCUCCUGCCCCUCGGAUAUUACAUCGGAAUGUGCUUUGCGGCCCCGGAGAAGCAACUGCACCGUCUCGUCCAUCUCCCGGACGGCUGGAGAUUGUUCCUGAUGCUCGCCGUGGCUUUUCCCACGAUCGCCGGCACCUUGGCCUUUUACUGGUCGAGGAACAAGUGGGCUAACCACCCACUAGCCAGGACCAUAGCCCUUUUCGCCCUCCCGCCGAACGGCUGGCAGUCGGUGGCUACUUCCAUCAAUACGGAAUUCCGGCGGAUCGACAAGUUUGCCACGGGGGCGCCCGGAGCCAGGGUGAUCGUGACGGACACGUGGGUGAUGAAAGUGACCACGUAUCACGUGCACAUUGCUCAGCAGCAGGACAUCCACCUGACCGUAACGGAUUCGCAGCAGCACGAGCUCUCGCCGGAUUCCAAUUUGCCGGUACAGUUUCUCACCAUCAGCGUGGCCAGCGUUCAUCCCUACGUGAAAGCCUUUGAUAUCCGGUUGAAUUCUACCGAAUAUGGCGAGUUGAAGGAAAAGCUCCGUGCUCCUAUCCGCAAUGCAGCUAAUGUUGUGAUCCGCCAAAGCCUCAGUGACCUAUUCUUAGAUACAUUUACAUCUCUGGUGGAAAGAAACCAGGCAUACUCAGUGCCCAGCAAUCAGGAACUGGAGCCUUGUAUCGGUUGUAUGCAGAUGAGCGCCAACAUCAAGCUGGUGAAGACUUGCCAAGAAGAGUCAGAGGGAGAAUGCCAACAGUGUUACUGCCGGCCUAUGUGGUGCCUCACUUGCAUGGGCAAAUGGUUUGCCAGCCGGCAGGAUCAGCAACACCCCGAAACCUGGCUCUCGAGUCAAGUGCCUUGUCCCACCUGUCGGUCUAAAUUCUGUAUUUUGGAUGUUUGCAUAAUCCGCUGAAAACUCUCUAGGAUCCUCUGAAUGUAUCGGGGGAUUUUGGAAGAGGUUGACGGAAACCACACUGGGUCUGUACACGCUUGGUUGCUGUUGGUGGAAUUGCAGUGUUAUCGAAGUCCCCGAGACUCUCUUCACUUCCUUACUCUCCCCGCGUCACCCAAAACUCCGUUGCUUUGGGCUUCUCUCCUUCACUGCACAGCUUUUUGGGGUUGAGUUUAAUUUCAGUGUUUUGGGAGACUACAGUAGGUAGUGUGAUGCCUGGACCUUGACCUGGACAUCCAAGAACAUUUGCUUCCCUGAAAUCUUCUGGGAUAUUCUGAUCUCUGAGUGUACAGAGAAAUCCCAGGCCAGAUAUUCAGUCUUAAAUCUAGACUAGCAAAGGGCUAUAACUUUUGUUUUUUAGAUGAAACAAAGUGAACUACUCUCGUUCCUGGGUUAAAGUUCAUUCUGUGUGGUUUUUGCAAGAGUACUUUUCCGUGGUAUGGGACUUCAGAACUUGCAGACCCAAGCAGGGUUUAUGAAUAAAGGCAUGACCUGAA